AUGGCUCCAAGACCAGAAGUGGGGACUGACUCCUCCCCUGCUCUCAAUGACAAAGCUCCAGCUAGGGACAUCCUGCCAUCUUACUCCACCGUGGACCUGGUGAAUGAGGAUCCAGAGGAGAAUCCCUGGGAUCUCCCCGAGCUCAAAGACACUGGGGUCAAGUGGUCAGAGCUGGAUACAAAAGGGAAGAUCAUGAGGGUGGUGACAGCUAUAGUGAAGCUGGUUAUGCUGCUUGGACUCCUCUACCUGUUUAUCUGCUCUCUGGACGUCCUCAGCUCUGCGUUCCAGCUGGUCGGAGGCAAAGCUGCUGGUGACAUCUUCCAGGACAAUGUUGUGUUGUCCAACCCUGUGGCCGGGCUGGUGAUCGGGGUGUUAGUCACAGUGCUGGUGCAGAGCUCCAGCACCUCCUCCUCUAUUGUGGUCAGCAUGGUGUCCUCUGGAUUGCUGGAGGUCCAGUCUGCGGUGCCGAUCAUCAUGGGAGCCAACAUUGGAACAUCGGUCACCAACACUAUCGUGGCCAUGAUGCAGGCAGGAGAUCGAAAUGAGUUCCGCAGGGCGUUUGCUGGUGCGACGGUCCACGACUUCUUCAACUGGCUCUCUGUGCUGGUUCUCCUGCCCCUGGAAGUGGCCACAGGCGUCCUGUACAAACUCACCCUCCUCAUCAUCGAAUCCUUCAACAUCGAGAGCGGCGAGGACGCCCCUGACCUGCUCAACGUCAUCACAGACCCUCUCACAAACUCCAUCGUCCAGCUGGACAAAUCUGUGAUCACCGGCAUCGCCACCGGUGACCCAGCAGCCAGAAACAAGAGUCUGAUCAAAGUGUGGUGCAAAACAGAGACCAACACGACUUUCUGGAAUGUGACAGUGGAGAACUGCACUGCCGGCGCUGUCUGCUGGGAAGAAGGAAACCUGACCUGGACCGAGAUGAACACGACAUGGACUGAUUACCAAGAGAAAUGCAAACAUGUCUUCGCCAAUGCUAAUUUGCCGGACCUGGCAGUGGGCCUCAUUCUCCUGGCUCUGUCUUUGCUCGUCCUCUGCACCUGCCUCAUCCUCAUCGUCAAGCUGCUCAACUCCAUGCUGCAGGGACAGGUGGCCGUGGUCAUCAAGAAGGUGCUCAACACAGAUUUCCCCUUCCCCUUCACUUGGGUUACUGGCUAUAUUGCAAUUAUGGUGGGAGCAGGGAUGACCUUCAUUGUUCAGAGCAGUUCUGUUUUCACCUCGGCUAUAACUCCUCUUGUUGGUAUUGGUGUCAUUAGCCUCGAGAGAGCCUAUCCUCUGACCCUGGGCUCAAAUAUUGGUACAACAACCACAGCUAUACUUGCUGCUAUGGCUAGCCCUGGAGAAACCCUGGCAAACUCCCUGCAGAUUGCCCUUUGCCAUUUCUUCUUUAACAUCAUGGGUAUUUUACUGUGGUAUCCAAUCCCCUUCAUGCGAGUGCCCAUCAGGCUGGCCAGGGGGCUGGGGAACCAUACUGCAAAAUACCGUUGGUUUGCCGCCCUCUACCUCUUCCUGUGCUUCUUGGUUUUCCCCCUGUCUGUGUUCGGCCUGUCGCUGGCUGGUUGGCAAGUCCUGGUUGGCGUCGGCGUGCCCAUCAUUGCGUUGGUCAUCUUUGUGGUCAUCGUCAAUGUGAUGCAGUCUCGAUGCCCCCGCCGCCUGCCCAGUGUCCUGCGCAACUGGGACUUUUUGCCCAGGCCCCUGCGCUCCCUGGCGCCGUGGGACGCUGUGGUGUCUUCGACUUUGGGCUUCUGUGGCAAACACUGCUGCUGCUGCUGCAGGUGCUGCAAGUGCUGCAAAAAGGAUGAGGAUGAAAAGAUCAGAAAGAACAGCGUGAAGAGUCUGGAGAUGUACGAUAACCCAGCCAUGUCGAGAGACGAGGACACAAAGGAGGCUGUUAAAGCAACGCAUCUUUAAUAUCAUCAAGUUUAAUUUGUAUCUUUAUGCAAUAAUGUAUCUGUAAUACACUUGUAAUUGUUCAUCACUUCUCAGGUUGUGGUAUGUUGAUGAUUCACUUGUACUGGAUAAUAUAUUGAGCACUAUAGUUAACGUUGUCAAUGACUUUCACGCUGGAGAAUAUGAAGAGAAGUCUUGCACAUAUUAUUAUGAACCUGCUGUUUCUGGGCAUGUGAUGUUUAUUUUAUGAUGUUUUCAAUUUAUUGUUCAGACUCACCACCUGCCACUGUCUGCUCUGACUUAACUCUGGGUGGUUCUGAAUGUUAUUUUUAUAUUUUUUAUGAUAUACAUGAGAGGCUUUUGGAUUUAUUGUAAAAUUUGAACAUUUAAACUUCAAAUGUUUAA